ACCGCUCAGUUCGCAGAGAGCGGAGCAGAGGGUGACCAAGUACCUGAAAAUUCAUCAGCGCAUUAUGCCUGAUGACAUGGCGAGGCCUUUAAUCCGCGACAGAGGUGAAGCAGGAGGCUCGAGACAUCUGGAAGCCUCCGUGUCUGACUCUCCGGUGAUCGGCAUCAUGGGAACGGGCGACUUCUCCCGCUCGCUGGCCAGGAGGCUGGUGUCCUCCGGAUACCAGGUGGUGGUGGGGAGUCGAAACCCCAAGCGCUCUGAGGCUUUGUUCCCCGAAGAGGCCGAGGUGACCUCUCAGGUGGAGGCAGCCAGUCAGGCAGCCCUGGUGUUUGUGGCUGUUUUCCCCGAGCAUCACUCCACGCUGCUGGAGCUGAAGCCCUCGCUGGCUGGAAAGACGCUGGUGGACGUGAGCAACGGUUUGAGAAUCAACCACGACGGGCCUUCCAACGCCGAGCAGCUGGCCGACAUGUUUCCAGAGAGCGAUGUGGUCAAAGGGUUCAACACCAUAUCGGCCUGGGCGCUGCAGAGAGGACCUCGAGAUGCAAGCAGACAGAUCUUCCUGUGCAGUAACAGCAGCACGGCCAAGAGCUCCGUGAUGCAGCUCUGUCGCAGGAUGGGCUUCGUCCCGGUCGAUAUGGGCCUCCUCUCCUCUUCUCUGGAGAUUGAAAACCUCCCCCUGUCUUUAUUCCCUUCCUGGCGCAUCCCCAUCCUCUGCACCCUGUUCCUCUUCAUCCUCUUCUACCUGUACAACUUCCUGCGGGACGUCCUGCAGCCCUACGUCACGGCGGGGAAGAGCGUCUUCUACAAAAUGCCCAUCGAGACGGUGAACGUCACUCUGCCCUCCGUGGCCUUGGUGAUGUUGGCGCUGGUUUACCUGCCUGGUCUGUGUGCCGCCUUCUUCCAGCUGUGGUCCGGCACCAAAUACAACCGCUUCCCUAAUUGGCUGGACCGCUGGCUGACGAGCAGGAAGCAGUUUGGACUGUGCAGCUUCCUGUGUGCAGCUUUACACGCCAUCUACAGUCUGAGCCUCCCCAUGAGGAAGUCUGCUCGCUUUAAACUGCUCCUCGCUGUUAGACAGAUGAAGGAGGGGGACGAGGUGUGGGUGGAGGAGGAGGUGUGGAGGAUGGAGCUGUACGUCUCCGCGGGCAUCAUGGCGCUCGGACUGCUCUCUCUGCUGGCCGUCACCUCGCUGCCCUCCGUCGCCAACUCUGUCAACUGGAGGGAGUUCACCUUCAUACAGUCCACAGUGGGUUACUGCGCCCUGUCCAUGGCCACCAUCCACACUCUGCUCUUCGGCUGGGGCAGAGCCUUCGACCCGUCCCAGUACCGCUUCCUGCUGCCGCCCACCUUCAUGCUGGUUCUGGUUCUGCCCUGCGUGGCUCUGCUGGGCCGCCUGGCUCUCUGCGUGCCCUGCGUGGCCCGGCGCCUCCAACAGAUCCGCCGCGGCUGGGAGAAAACACGACACAUCCGCUUCAGACUGCCCGAAGACAACUGCCGCAACAGGCUGGACGACGUCAGCAACGUGUGAGAGAGACCCAGACACUGUAGCAGAGACUAAAGGGUGUACAAGCAGUAUGUGUGGACUCAGGAGGUCAAAGAGUCAUAGGGGAGGCUCCUCUCUGGCUCACUGAGAGAUUUCAGGGAUGUGUGAGCUUCUUUUUAACAACCUGAUAGGUCCUGAUGAAGAUAGAAGUAGAGCUUUGGUAAUCAAACUUAUUGCACGAUGCAUCGUCACUAAUGAGUAUUUAGCCUUCAUUUAUUGUUUUGUGUUAAGCUUCAACACAGAGUAGAAGAGCAGCACACAUUUCACUUAUGCAAAACAGUCUCUGUUAUACUUCUGAUGGACUGCUGAAGGCUUUACGGCUCAAGCAGAGCAACAGGACUUUGUAAGAGUCUUUGAAAUCAUCUGAUCAUCAGAAGUAGACCUCCUCUUACCUUUUCUCUUUACACUUCAACACUUCAACACUGCUGCAAAGACGUUUGUCCCAACACUGUUACGAUGUUUUUUCGAUGUGACAUCAAUGUUUCCUUUCGUUAGGACAUCAUUGAGAAUUAGAUAAUAUAUGUAUUUAAACUUUGUGGGACUGUUGGGAAAGGAUUGUGGUUUGGAUGAGGCCUGAGCCUCAUGAACACCUGGUUGGUUGCAGAAAAAGCUGCAUAGUGCCUUUUGAAAUGUGCAAAGUGGUCUCUGCAGAGAAAGCGUUAUGUGUCAUGGUUACGGUCGACUAACUCUAGAAGUGUGUGACUUCACUGAUGGAUAAUGUGCGUCCAGAACUGAUCAUAUUAUCAUUGUUACACAAAAGCCACCCCUUCUUUUCAGAAUGUUUCUUCAGUCUCUUACUCAGGUAAUGUUUUCUGAUUCUCUCGGCCAACUGGAAACUGAAGCGCCUCGUUGGUUUGCUUUGUCGAGUACAGAAAGUGCUCACACACCUCCACUGAUGUGCAUAUUACAUGUGUUUCUGUCUUUAUUUAACGUGUUGAACUGACCUGCUGAUAAACACCAAUCAUAACACAAUCGUCCUAAAAUUUGGAAAGGCUGUUGCCAAACCUUUUUACAGUUUCAUUGAAAUCAGUUUUCUGCUUUGGUUUGUUCGGCUUUUUUUAUUCUUAGAGUUUAUAUUUUAUUAGUGUUCUAGCCAAAGAUGAUUCUGUGUUACAUGUUUUCUGAAUCUAAGUUAAAAUGUCUCCAUGGUAGUGAA